AUGGAAAGAUUUUCCCACCAUGAAAACUCCACAGCACCCGCCACAGAGCUUCUUUCCCGGACUGGUUUUACAAUAAUGGCCAUUAUCAUGGGGCUGUUCUCUGUGGCAGGGCUUAUCCUCAACAUCCUGGUGAUUGUGAUGAUACUGAGGAACAGACAGCUGAGGCAGCCACUCAGCUAUGCCCUGGUUAACCUCGCCAUAUGCGACUUGGGAUGCUCUGUGUUCGGAGGCCUUCCCACCACAGUGAACAGUGCCAUGGGAUACUUCAGCCUGGGACGCCUGGGCUGUGUGUGUGAGGGGUUUGCUGUUGCUUUCUUUGGUAUAGCGAGUCUGUGCACAGUGGGAGUCAUCUCUGUGGAGCGGUACAUCGUGGUGUGUUAUCCCAUGGGAGCUGUGAUCUUCCAGACCAGGCAUGCUGUAGCAGGAGUGGUCCUGUCCUGGGUCUGGUCCUUCGUGUGGAACACCCCUCCUCUGUUCGGCUGGGGGAGUUAUGAGUUAGAGGGCAUCAAGACCUCCUGUGCCCCCAACUGGUACAGCCGCGACGUCGGAAACAUGUCCUACAUCAUCAUCUACUUCCUCCUUUGCUUUGCCGCUCCGUUCUCCAUCAUCCUGGUGUCCUACUCAAGACUCCUAUGGGCGCUCCACAGGGUGACGAAGCUGCAGAUUUCUGAGGACAGGAGCACGCAGCGGGUGGAGGUUCAGGUUGCUCGGAUGAUCGUGCUGAUGGUGUUGGCUUUCCUCAUCACCUGGCUGCCGUAUGCCGCCCUGGCCCUCGCCGUCAUCAUGGACUCCGGCCUCCAGGUGGACCCUGUCAUCGCCAGCAUACCGGUUUAUUUUGCUAAAAGUGGCACCGUCUACAACCCCAUCAUCUACACCUUCAUGAACAGACAGUUUCGAGGAAAUGCUGUUCCGACUGUUCUGUCUGCAUAA